AUGGCCGAACCAAAGAACGCUGGGAUUGUUACAUCCCAAGUCGACAUCGAAAUAUCGAAUGAAAAUGUUUCGGCAGAAAAGAAAGGUACCUCCAAUGAUCAACGAGAUAUGUAUCGCAUGGGCAAGGCCCAGGAGUUGAGACGAAAUUUCCGUUUCGUCUCCAUUUUUGGCUUUUCCAUGAUUCUGAUGGCCAGUUGGGAAACAAUGUUAGGCACAUCGAUUAUUGGUUUGAUCAAUGGCGGCACUGCAGGCAUGAUCUGGCUGUAUCUCGUCGCGUGGAUUGGUUUUCUGGCUGUCAACACAUCCAUGGCGGAAAUGGGUUCCAUGGCUCCGACAUCUGGCGGUCAAUAUCAUUGGGUUUCCGAGUUUGCGCCAAGGACAUACCAAAAAUUUAUCAGCUUCAUCGUCGGCUGGCUUUGCGUCCUCGGAUGGCAAACGGGUGCUGCCAAUACCGCCUUUCUGGCGGGCACUCAAAUCCAGGGGUUGGUGGUUUUGAAUUACCCCGACUAUGUUCCGGAACGGUGGCAUGGUACCUUGUUGACCUUCGCCGUGGCCUCAUUCUCCGUCUUCUUUAACACCUUCCUCGUGAAAAAGCUACCCUUGGUAGAAGGAAUUGUGCUUAUUGUGCACAUUUUCGGCUUCUUCGGUGUUCUGAUCACCCUCUGGGUGUUGGGUCCUCGAGGCAAUGCUCAUGAUGUGUUUACGCAAUUCAACAACUACGGUGGCUGGAGCAGCAAUGGUCUCUCUGCAUUGGUGGGUAUCCUGGCGGUCAUGAUCCCUCUGCUCGGCGCCGAUGGAGCGGUUCACAUGUCUGAAGAACUUCGGGAUGCCUCCAAAGUGCUACCGCGAAGCAUGAUAUGGACCACGGUCUUUAACGGUGGCAUGGGCUGGAUCAUUCUCAUCACCUUCUGUUUCACUCUGGGAAACCUCGACGAUGUCAUCAGUUCACCCACCGGACAGCCCUAUGUCGCCGUAUUCUAUAACGCCACCCAGUCAUAUGCAGGCGCAUCGGUGCUUUCUGCGCUUGUCAUCUUCAUGGCUAUGUUUUGCAACCUAUCCAUCACGGCGACUGCAUCUCGUCAACUCUGGUCAUUCGCUCGUGACCAGGGUAUUCCAGGAGCCGCCUGGUUUGCCUAUGUACGACCGGGUUGGGAUGUUCCAAUGAACAGUAUCGUCGUGUCGUUUGUCGUCUCCUGCCUCUUGUCUCUGAUCAAUAUCGGGUCGACGAUCGCCCUCAACAACAUCACCUCACUGUCUCUCGUCGCCAUUCUCUCCUCGUACAUCGUCUCCAUUGGUUGCAUCUUCUGGAAGCGACUGACCAAUCAGCCACUUCUGCCGGCCAAAUUCACCUUUUCUCGACCCAUCGGCCUUUUCUUAAACGGGUUCAGCCUGAUGUUCCUCACUUUCGCUUUUAUCUUCGCCUUCUUCCCCGGAAAUCCCGAUCCGACCGUUGAGGAGAUGAAUUGGGCCUGUUUGAUUUAUGGUGCGGUGUUGAUCUUCGCUGUUAUCCAUUACUUCGUGAAGGCUCGACAUGUCUAUGACGGUCCGGUGGAAUAUGUGCGAAAAUUGGUUUAG